GUUUUCAAAAAACAUAAACUAUGCAUCUUGUCAGGAUCUUCCUGUUCUUGAAUCCUCGUUGCAUUGGAACUAUCAUCCUACGUCAGGUAUAGUCGAUGUUGCAUUCAACAAGGCUAACGCAAAGGAUUCAACAUGGGUUGCAUGGGCCAUCAAUCCUACCUCAAAGGGUAUGUUGGGUUCACAAUCACUUGUUGCAGUUCAUAAAUCAAAUGGCAUCAUCAGAGCAUACACAUCUCCAAUAACUAGUUAUGCGACAAUGUUACAAGAGGGUAAUCUCAGUUUUUCAGUUUAUAGCCUUUCUGCUUCAUACACAAAUGGUCGCAUCAUCAUUGUUGCAAGUUUUCAACUUCCAUCCAAUAAGACUGUGGUGAACCAUGCAUGGCAAGAGGGUGUGGUUUCCGAUGAUGGCACCCUUAGACCUCACUCUUUCUCACCCUCUAACCUUCAAUCCUAUGGAACCAUUGAUUUCAUAUCUAGCAAGGUUUCUAAAGCCACUAAAGAUGUGAACUCACGAAACAUGUUGAGAAACGUUCAUGGAAUUUUGAAUACUGUGAGUUGGGGAAUAAUGAUGCCAAUUGGAGUGAUUUUGGGUCGUUACUUGAAGGUGUUUGAUGGUUUGGGAGGAACUUGGUUUCACUUGCAUNGUCGAUGUUGCAUUCAACAAGGCUAA